CACCUAAUUGAUUGAGUUGGCUGGGACUAUCAUGUGGCGAGGUUCUUGUAUUCACUAGGGUGGGGGGAAAAAAGGGAUUUUGGAGGUAGCAGUGAUGUGCGCUUGGAAAUCAAUGGUAGGAUUAGCUUAAGUUAAAGAAACGACAAAGGAAACCAGAAAGAAAAUGAAGAAGUAAAGAGAAAGGAGCACGAAGGCAGACCGCCAAUUUCAGUCAGUCGAGUUAAAAGAGUAGGGGAUAAGGUUUCUUCUCUGGCUGUCCAUCUCAAUUCUCAAGCGAAUAGCGAGUAGUGGAAGAUUUUCCUCACCGGAUCCGCUCCCCAGCCUCCAGUCCCCACUCCACUUUGCCUGUUAAGCGUUGAACAAAGAAAAUAUUUCGUGUGGGUCGUCUGGCUCGCACUGCAAAACCCUCUCCUCCUCCUCCUCCACUCGCUUCCUAUAUACUUCCACUGGUGAAACCAAAAUUCUAUUUAUUGCUUUGGGAAUUCAAUUAAGUGACCCCACCCUAUUAGUUCUUCUUCUUCUUCUUCCUAAAACCCUAAUUACCGUCGGUAAUCACAUUAAUUAUUCCGGCAUUCAACUAAUUUAAAAACCUACGAACAAGUGAAGGCCUAGGCAUGACCACUACGCUUCAGGCUUCUAUUCUCUACAAACCCCCUUCUCUCCCUAUCCCCUCUAGCCGUAACGUAUCUUCUUCGUCAUCUUCCUAUAAACGCCUCCACCAUCUUAGUCCCUUACCUCCUCCUCCUUUUGAUCAUCAUUUGUAUCUACUUUCUAAACUAUAUUUCACUAAUCAUCUUCAUCGUUAUCCUGCUUCAACUUCUCGAUUUUGCCGCCAUUGUCCGUUGCUUGUCGCCUGUGCGUUUCAUCCCGAUGACCUUACUGACUUAACUUCUUCUUCUUCCGAUAAGAAUGAUUUGUAUUCAGGUUCUGAAAAACAACUACUUAAUGUUAAUACUAGUAGUAAUGAAUCCUUAUUUAGUAGUCAACUUUCUUCUGGUGAAGCUACGGGGACUGAACCGGCACCGCCUCAGGCCACCGAGGGGCCACCUGAUGAUAAUGCCAGCGGCGCCACGGGGGUGAGGAGUAAGUUGCCAAUUGUGGUGUUUUUCAUGGGACUUUUUGCAACGGCGAGGAAAGGGCUCGAGAAGCUUAUGUUGCCAGCCUGGUUUAGUUGGUGGCCCUUCUGGCGCCAAGAGAAGCGCCUCGAGCGCUUGAUUGCAGAGGCGGACUCAAAUCCCAAGGAUGCAGCCAAGCAGAGUGCUUUGUUAGCCGAGCUCAAUAAGCACAGCCCUGAGUCAGUUAUUCGCCGUUUUGAGCAAAGAGAUCAUGCAGUUGAUAGUAGGGGGGUUGCAGAGUACAUCCGAGCUCUUGUGGCAACUAAUGCCAUUGCUGAUUAUCUUCCUGAUGAGCAAUCUGGAAAGCCUUCUAGUCUUCCUUCCUUGUUGCAAGAGCUGAAACAACGUGCCUCAGGCAACAUGGAUGAACCUUUUCUUAGCCCUGGCAUAUCUGAUAAGCAGCCACUACAUGUUGUAAUGGUUGAUCCUAAAGUCUCCAACAGAUCAUCACGUUUUGCACAAGAGCUUAUCUCUACUAUCUUGUUCACUAUAGCUGUUGGUUUGGUGUGGUUGAUGGGUGCUGCUGCGCUUCAGAAAUAUAUUGGGAGCUUAGGUGGGAUAGGAACUUCAGGUGUUGGAUCUAGUUCUUCCUAUGCCCCGAAAGAAUUGAAUAAAGAAGUAAUGCCUGAAAAGAAUGUUAAAACUUUCAAGGAUGUUAAAGGUUGUGAUGAUGCUAAACAAGAGCUUGAGGAGGUUGUUGAGUACCUCAAGAGCCCCUCAAAGUUUACUCGACUAGGAGGCAAAUUGCCAAAGGGAAUUCUUUUAACUGGAGCACCUGGGACUGGAAAAACUUUACUGGCCAAGGCAAUCGCUGGAGAAGCGGGGGUACCGUUCUUUUAUAGAGCAGGCUCUGAAUUUGAAGAGAUGUUUGUCGGAGUUGGUGCCCGACGUGUAAGAUCCUUGUUCCAAGCAGCUAAGAAAAAGGCUCCGUGCAUUAUUUUUAUUGAUGAAAUUGAUGCCGUUGGAUCAACUCGAAAGCAAUGGGAAGGUCACACGAAGAAAACACUUCAUCAACUACUUGUUGAAAUGGAUGGUUUUGAACAGAAUGAGGGAAUAAUAGUGAUGGCUGCCACAAACUUGCCUGAUAUACUUGAUCCAGCUUUAACAAGACCUGGUAGAUUUGAUCGUCAUAUUGUUGUUCCAAGUCCAGAUGUGCGGGGUCGCCAAGAGAUAUUGGAGCUUUACUUACAGGAUAAACCAUUAGCUGAUGAUGUUGAUGUGAAAGCAAUUGCUCGCGGUACACCAGGGUUCAAUGGGGCAGAUCUUGCAAACUUGGUUAACAUUGCUGCUAUCAAGGCUGCAGUUGAAGGUGCUGAGAAGUUAACAUCAACGCAGUUGGAGUUUGCUAAAGACAGGAUCAUCAUGGGUACGGAACGGAAAACUAUGUAUCUGUCUGAAGAGUCAAAAAAGCUCACUGCAUAUCAUGAGAGUGGCCAUGCAAUUGUUGCUUUUAAUACUGAAGGUGCACAUCCAAUUCACAAAGCAACAAUCAUGCCUCGUGGAUCUGCUUUGGGCAUGGUUACACAGCUUCCAUCAAAUGAUGAGACCUCAAUCAGCAAGAAGCAGUUGUUAGCUCGACUUGAUGUUUGUAUGGGAGGAAGGGUUGCAGAAGAGCUUAUCUUUGGUCAGGACCAUGUUACUACUGGAGCUAGUAGUGACCUCCACACAGCUACAGAAUUAGCUCAAUAUAUGGUAUCUACCUGUGGGAUGAGUGAUGCAAUUGGACCAAUCCACAUCAAAGAGCGGCCGGGUUCAGAAAUGCAAUCACGGAUUGAUGCUGAAGUGGUUAAGCUCUUGAGAGAAGCUUAUGAUCGUGUAAAAGCACUGCUAAAAAAGCAUGAGAAAGCAUUGCAUGUCCUAGCCAAUGCACUUCUUGAGUACGAGACCUUAACUUCUGAGCAAAUUAAACGGCUUCUCCUUCCAUAUGGUGAAGGAUUGUUAACAGAUCAACAGCAGCAGCAACAAAACGAAGAAGAGGAGCUUGUUUUGGCUUAAUUGGGCACUGCAUCUCUUCUGGUUGUUUUGCAGCGGCAGGCAGACGUGUACAGCGUAUAGAAACCCCACAGAAAUAUUCAUAUAAAACGUCUAUAGUUGUUCCUGCCCUCUUUGUUGUUAUAGCAUAUUUAAGGAACUUCUUCAUGGCAAAAUUGUAAAUGAACGAUUAGGUUGAUAGAGUUUUGAUAUUCGUUUAUAAUACGCCCACCUUUAGGGUAGAAAUUUUGACGCUUACAGUUUGACGAAGUUGAAAUUAUUUACUAAGAAUAGAAUCUUUUUUUUUUUUU